AACGCGUGUCCGCCGCUUCUUCUUCUGCAGUCAUUCGAGCGCAGGUCUGAUCUGCCGUUCGCCUCACCCUGAAAUUAACAUUUAACGGACAAAACGCCGGGAAAAAAGCAUUAAAACAUGUGGAAAUCUGUGGUGGGACAUGAUGUUAAUGUGAAGGUUGAAUCGGAGGGGGACGACUGGGAAACAGAUCCGAAUUUUGAGAAUGAUGUAUCGGAGCAGGAGCAGAGAUGGGGUUCCAGAACCAUAGAAGGAUCAGGUCGAAAAGAACACAUCAGCAUUGCAGAUCUCAGGCAGAAUGUGUCUCGGGAACACGAGGUGGUUAAGAAGAAAGAGCUGGACCAGGGCCCUAAAGCCUCUUACGGCUAUGGAGGGAAAUUUGGAGUUGAGAAAGACAGAAUGGACAAGGGUGCUUUAGGGCACAACUAUGUGGCAGAGGUAGAAAAGCACUCAUCCCAGACAGAUGCAGCAAAGGGUUUCGGGGGCAAAUUUGGUGUACAGAAGGACCGUGUGGACAAGUCUGCCAUGAACUAUGAGUAUAAGGGUGAGGUACAGCAGCAUGCAUCUCAGAAAGAUCAUGCUAAAGGUUUUGGUGGCAAGUAUGGUGUGCAGAAAGAGAGGGUUGACAAGGCCGCAGUUGGUUAUGAUUAUAAAGGCGAGACUGAGAAACACCAGUCACAGAAAGACUACGCAAAAGGCUUCGGGGGGAAAUACGGUGUGGAAAAAGAAAAGGUUGACAAGGCUGCUCUGGGUUACGACUACAAAGGAGAAACAGAGAAACAUCAGUCACAGAAAGACUACGCAAAAGGCUUCGGGGGGAAAUACGGUGUGGAAAAAGAAAAGGUUGACAAGGCUGCUCUGGGUUACGACUACAAAGGAGAAACAGAGAAACAUCAGUCACAGAAAGACUACGCAAAAGGCUUCGGGGGAAAAUACGGAGUGGAAAAAGAAAAGGUUGACAAGGCUGCUUUGGGUUAUGACUAUAAAGGAGAAACAGAGAAACAUCAGUCACAGAAAGACUAUGCAAAGGGUUUUGGAGGACGUUAUGGAGUCGAAGCAGAUCGCAUGGAUAAGAGUGCAGCUUCAUUCAGUGAUAUGGAGUCACCAUCAUCAUCUUAUGAAAAGCCUCAGGCUUUUGAGGCCUCAAGUGUAGGAGCUGGAAACCUUAAGGCUCGCUUUGAGAACAUGGCGAAGGCCUCAGAUGAGGAGAAUAGAAAGAGAGCAGAUGAGGAGAGAGUCAGAAGACUCGCUCGAGAGAAGAGAGAACAAGAAGAGGCACAACGCAAACAGGAGGAGCAGAGCAAGCGUGAAGAGGAGGAAGAGAACCAGAAACCACCACCUGUGCCAGCAUCCCAGAAUCCCCCAGAGACAUUCAGAAGACUGCCUGAAAUUCCCAGAGAUGAACCAGAGGAAGAAGCUCAGGUAGAGGAGGAGCCUGAAUAUGAGGAGCCGCCAUUACUGCCGCCCCGCUCAGCUGACCCGAUAGAAGAGGAAGAGGAGGAGGAGGAGGAGCAAACUUAUGCUGAAUGUGAACCUGCCCCUGUACCCCAGGAAGAAGAUUAUGAGGAUAUUGGCUCAUAUGCUACUGCAGCUGCUGAUAAUGACUAUGAAGAACUAAGUGGGGCAGGACAUACAGCCACGGCCAUUUAUGACUACCAAGGAGAGGCCAGUGACGAAAUCUCCUUCAUGCCAGGUGACAUUAUCACUAACGUUGAGAUGGUGGAUGAGGGUUGGUGGAAAGGAACGUGUCAUGGUCGCACAGGCCUGUUUCCUGCCACUUUUGUGGAGCUCCAGUAGAUGCUAAUAAUCAGUGAUCACAUUUUUGUUUAUUAGCCACUUACAAUUAUUUUUAUUGCAUGUUUUAUGAUAUACAAGUGCAAUAUACUAACAUGUACAGAAUGAAAGUUAUUUUUGGUGCACACGAUUAGUAACCAAACAUGGGACAUUCAUAUUUUUUUUUCCAUAAAGAUUUUAGAUUAAAAUGUAUGUGAUUAUAUACAC